ACAACACACAAACGUCAAAAUAUCCGAAAUUUCAAACCAAAAAAGGUAAUUCAUACAAAACCCUUAAAACCCUCCACAAGAUUUGCAGAUCUGUUCGUGUUUCCCUUUCAAGAACAGCGGUUACAUUAAUCUUAAUUUACUGCUACAAGAAAGAAAUCAGGGUUUAUAACAGCUUCAAAACAAGGAAUUCAAUGGCGUUCGGGGAGAAUUGUGGGUUAGUUAAACGUACGAGUUCGUUCGGUAGAAAGAGGAUUUUGAUUUUGAAUGAAAUGGAUAUCGAUUCGGUAGAUGUUGUUUCGCCUAAGAAGAAACGGGUAGUUGGGAGUUGUUUUGGUUCUGAAAGGUCGUUCAUGGAAUCUCUACCUCAGGAUGUUCUUAUUAAGGUUUUAUGUGGUGUGGAACAUGAUGAUCUGAAGAGACUUUUUCAUGUAUCGAAACCGAUUAGAGAAGCUGUCAUAAUUGCAAAGAAAAUGCAUUUUGCAUAUAGUACACCAAAAAAGGUCCCGGCUUUUCGGUGUUCAUUAGACCAAACACUCGACGUUGAUGAAGUGGAAGCUCCAAAUGCUCCAAGACAAUCGAGAGUAGCUCGUUCUCGAUUGAGCCAGAAAACACUGGCCCACCUCUCGGUGGCCUUGUUUUCGUAGACAGAAUUGUAACCGGAUUAUUUGUUUUGGCUUUCAGGUGUACAGAUUUUGUUUAUGUUGUAGGAAAUGUGGUAAAAGAGAUGUGUAGAUCAGGCAAUUUGCCUACGUUUUGGACAGACAGGAAGUAGUUUAAGAGAUUGUAGGAAUUGUAUUUAUUUAUUUUUAAAUAUAAUUUGCUACUUGCAAAUAUAAUUUGGAUA